GAAGAAGAAAUGAGGACGUGACGUUGUCGUUGUGCCUCACACGGAAACGGCUGACUUGACAACAACACAGAGUAGUUCAUUUUUUAUUUGUACCUACUGCACUCACUCUGUCUACUGACAAGUACUUCCAGAUACCCGUAACCUUAAUAGUUUGCACUCGUUGCUGUAAAUGCAUUGUAGCUGCUGCGGCUAACUAAGCCUACGUAGCCCGCGAGGUAAUUUUGGUGUGAAGUAGUUUGUUGACGUUACAUACAGUUGUCAGUUUUCCAGUAAAUGGCCUGCACUUUAGAAAAAGUGUUGGGCGAUGCUCGGACCCUUCUGGAGAGGCUGAAAGAGCACGACACGGCCGCCGAGGGGCUGAUAGAGCAGUCCGGGGCCCUCAGCCAGAGGGUGCAGGGCAUGAAAGAGGUGGGAAAUGCCCUUCCAGACAAGCACACAGAAGACACUUCAGAGAUUCAGGAGCUGACCAAAUACAAGCCUCAUGUCCUUCUGACUCAGGAAAACACUCAAAUCAAGGAACUACAGCGGGAGAAUAAAGAACUAUGGUUGUCUCUUGAAGAGCAUCAGUACGCGCUAGAGUUGAUUAUGGGUCGGUACCGCAAACAGAUGCUCCAGCUGAUGAUGGCGAAGAAAGAGCUGGACACCAAACCUGUGCUCAGCCUCCACGAGGACCACGCAAAAGAAGUGCAGAGCCAGGUAGAGCGGAUAUGCGAGAUGGGCCAGGUGAUGAGAAGAGCAGUGCAGGUGGAUGAUCAGCACUACUGUUCUGUUCGAGAGAGGCUCGCUCAACUGGAGAUUGAGAACAAGGAGCUGCGAGACCUCCUGAGCAUCAGCAAAAGCUCCGUGAAGGCGGCGAGAGAGGAAACCAACCAGCCAGCAGUAGCAGUAGCAGCAGCAGCAGCAGCACAAGAACAGACCCCCCAGCCAGGGUCUAACAAGUGAUCAGCAGCCUCAGUGUAAACUGUGGUUGGGGUAACAAAAAGUCCUUAAAGAACAGUAGACAGGGUUGAUGGUGUCUUCACCUAGGUUCACUACGUUAUUUUUUUUUUUUUUUUUUUUUUUACAUAAGCUGGAAUUCAGUCAAACCACAACAUAUUUUUUUGUAGUGAAGGCCACUUAAACUCAAUAAUCUAACUGGCUCAAAGAAGCAUUUACCAGCAGGUAUAUAUGGAUGGUAGCUGUUGUAUAUUUUCAUAUGUACAGUAUGUGUGUUGUCACUGCAGUCGUGUUGGAGUGAAUUCCAGAUAAAUGUAAAACACAUGUAUUGGAGUAAAAGGCAGUAAAAGCAGUAAAAGGUUGUUUUUUUUGUUUGUUUGUUUUUGGCCAAAGAUACAUUUAGUCUUCAAGGACACAGUUUCUACCUCUUUGGUGCCCCUUUGCUGUUCACGCACGCUCACAAUAUAUUUAAAAUGCUCAUAACCACCCCUGCUAUGAGUUCACUUGAAGUCUAUUAAGCAGCUCGCUCGUAGGUCGCAUCAUUUUAAGAGGCUGUGUUUGAUAAUCCCUUUGCCAACAAGAUGACUUUUGGCUGUUUCACACAGUUUGCCUGCUGAGUAGUGGUGAUGGAUCAUUUGUAUGUGAUUAUCUAUCAUUAUAUGAAUUUGAUACGUUUGUCUGUUCAUAGAAUUCAUAUAUGACACAAUUUCCAUGUUUAGUAUUUUGAUUCUGUGUGUUCGACACCAGUUUUCUAGUUUCAGAUUUGUGUGCAGAGUAAUCACGUGUCCCAGUUGAUGGCACAUCUUUAUUUUAUGGUAACAAUUUCAAAAUAUGCCAACUUUUUGUGUAACGGAUAUCAAAUGUUUGGGCACUGAAAUUGUACAUUGUCAUCUCAGGAAAUCAGUGUUACUAGGGUGAACAUGCUGUAAUGACUUCAUGACAGUGUACUGAUUCGUGUCAAACGAAAUUUCAUUCAGAAACUUUAAAAUAAAUUUGCAAUAAAUA